AUGAAUCGCCCUCCUCCGUUAUCCUAUGAGAGUUUAAAAAGUGUUCUCGGACAAAUCGAUGCGAAUACAAGAUUCCGCCUAUUCUCCAGAAUCCCCUCGAUCCGCCCUACCGAGAAAGUAGUUCCACUUUGGAUUCAAACGUUUUCGGCUCGCAAUUACGAAUUCAAAAUCAACAAUACCGAAUAUCAAGUUGGAAUCUAUAAAAAGUACCCACCUGGCAUGACACCUCCAAAAGUCCAGGAAAUCAACAAUUAUGGUGGGCUACAGACUGAUCUAGAUCAGCAUGGGUUUGUAGAUCAUUCUGGAAGGAAUAUGUUGACUCCUGGAGAUGUGGAUUUGCGGGAAUGGUUACCAACUGGUGAACCAUAUCAACAGCGAGAUCUAGAAAAAAGGUUGAAGAAAACGAAAAGAAAAAUUGAAUUUGUGGAGAGCUUUGGACCAAUUUCAGAGGUUCUUGAGGAUGAUAUGGAUCAUGAUGACUUCGAGCUUCGAGAACUGUUUCAAGAAUUUCUAGAGGGGACUGUACAGGCCACCACCGAGCGCCCUCCGGUAUUCGAGAGAGCACGAAAAAUGGCUCAUGACAAGCUAUGCGGAAAAAUCAAGAAUAUUAUGGCAAAACUCCAACCGUUCUACUCCAGACGGGAUGGUGCACCAGUUCCAUUCGAGAGCUUCAUCCAAUUAACUGUAUCUUCGCAACGUCAGAAACAUAUCGAGCGAGUUCAAUACACUAAGAAGCUUCAUGAAUCCGCGAAGUACCUUAGCACUCGCUUGUUUGGAAAUCGGCGUCACCCAGUCCAUAUCAAGUUGCUUACUACUAUUCCUUGCUUGAAUGGGAUAAUGAGACUUCCCGUGGGAUUGCGGUUGAAGAUUAAGGAGAUUGAUCGAGACGCGUAUAUUCAUUUUCUGCAGAGAUCAUUGGCUCCGUUGUUGGAUGCUCCACUGAAGGCACGGAAUACAGUCAAUUGA